AUGGAAGACGACGAGAGGGGUGACGCCCGGAACACCCCCCCUCAGUCUGGGGCUGGACCAUCGCAGGUCCCCGCUCAACCCGCGGGCUCACCGUCGAGUGCCAAUCAGGCAUUGUCGCCGAGCACAUCGGGGCCCCCGACGGGCCCGACGUCGGGAUCGUCGAAGAGGAAGAGAGGGAUUGGCAUCGUGACACCGAACGCGUGUACCGAGUGCCGUAAGAAAAGGGCAAAGUGCGACGGUCAAAAGCCGUGUGGUCGCUGCAAGACGCAGAAAGGCGUCGAGUGCGUCUACGAAAUACCGGUUCGACAGUCCAAAGAGACCCUCCGCCAUGAGAUCGAACAACUGCGGCGCCAGCAGCGGAACAACGACCAGGUCAUUUCUGCCCUUGUCCGGCCGGAUGUAUGGGAGGAAGUCCUGUCGCGAUUGCGCAGCGGUCAGAGCGUGGAGUCCAUCUCGGACUGGCUGGGCGGUACGACACCCUCCGGGGGCGGUGCUCUACCUUCAAUCAGCCGGCUGCUGAACCAGGGCAACACCGCCCCUCCAAUGCCGGGGUACGGCAUUUCCGGGUCAAGCAGUUAUGGCCGGUUCCCGGCUGGAUUUACCUCGCUCAGCCCGAUCAAUCCCCCGCCGCCGCUGCCGCCACCUCAACAUCAAGGUCAACACCAGGGUCAACACCAGGGUCAACACCAGGGUCAACAACAGCAGCAGCCCGUCCGCCACGACGUGGCUGAUCAACAGCAGAGCCCAUGGGGCGGGCAAUUUUCGUCAAGCCAUCAGACGAGCCACCCGACCCCGAGCAGUUCCCACCUCGAAGGGCCAAACUGGAACCCGGAGGCUAUAAAGCAAACGCAAGCUCGUGUUGGCCAUUGGAUCGAGAGCCAGGUGGUCAGAGCGGAGGGGUCAAAGACCGAGCGAGGCCGCCUUGGGGGUGUCUUGCACCCGGAGUACGACAUGCAAGUACCUCCGGGGACGUGGACGACGUUGACUAGCGAUCCGAACCUCGUGACGCAUCUGCUGUCCCUUUACUUCUGCUGGGAGUACCCUACGUUUGCUUCGCUGAGCAAGGAACACUUUCUCAAGGACUUCACCGACGGCCGGCCGCGGUUCUGCUCCCCGAUCCUGGUCAACGCCUUGCUAGCCCUGGGGUGUCGCUUCUCGAGCCAACCCAAUACGCGGUCCAACCCAGACGACCCGUACACGUCGGGCAACCAUUUCUUCAAGGAGUGCCAGCGGCUGUAUUACCAGGAACAAGAUCACCACACGCUCACGACCAUUCAGGCUCUUGGGAUCAUGUCGAUCCGAGAGGCAAGCUGCGGGCGAGACUCGGAAAGCUGGUAUUAUGCCGGGCAGAGUAUCCGGUUGGCUAUCGAGAUGGGGUUACAUCGCGUGCAGGACGACGGCAGGAAUGAUGACGAGAGUGCGGUGCAAGCGGCUACCUUUUGGGGGGCGUUUGCUCUUGAUCACGCCUGGUCCUUGGCGACCGGCUCGCUCCCGCAGUGUUCGUGCUUUCCGCGGCUGCCCCCGAAGCCCGCUAUCAUCGAUGACAUCGAAGCGUCGCUCUGGAUUCCGGUCACCGAUGAUGGUAAAUACGCGUUCUCCAAACCACCCGAGGACGGGGAGCUGAGUCACUUCGCAGGCACGCCACUCCAACAGUCUUGCGAACAACCGUCCAACGUCCGAUCUGUGUACAAAUGUUUCUGUGAACUCAGCGAGCUUGUUCAUCAGUCGUUGUACAUCCUCCACUCCCCCGGGCGCCCCCUCACGAGUCGGGAUCUCCUCACGAUUUACACGCAAUACCUGAACUGGUAUGAUAGGAUACCGGAAGUGUUGCGGCUCGGCCAUAAUUUCACCCCUGCCGUUUUGUUUGCGCACAUGUACUAUCAUUUCGCCAUCCUCCUCCUAUUCCGGCCCUUGAUAAAGCUACGCAUCAUCGGGUCUAGCAUCUCCCCCCGCGAUGUGUGCUCGCAGGCUGCUGACGCCAUCACCGGUCUGCUUCGCUCAUACGCGCAGCUUUACACGCUGAGACGGACGCCGUCUUUUGUCCCAUACUUUGUCCUCACGUCCUCGAUCAUGCACCUAGCUAUCGCCGCGGCAACAACCAACUCCCAAACUACGUCGAAGAGCGAGGACACGACUGCGUCCCCAAACAAGACACAGCCCGGCCAUACGUCCCAAACACCCACCACCCCUACCCCCACCCCUACUCAACAACCCCCCGCCAAACCCGCUCCGCAUGUCGUCGAGGCCCUCAGCCGUGGCAUCGCCGAUCUCACCGAGAUGGCACCCUGCCACCACUUCGCCGAGCAAGCGCUCAACAUCCUCAAAUUCCUGGCCCAGAAAUGGAACAUCGACGUGGAGAUCAAGACCACGGGCGACACCGCCAGCAAACUGCCGCACAUCCAUUUUGACAAAGCUACAAGACCACUGACGUCGAGUCUAAAUUUCUUCGCGCCCAACUUUCUCGAGUCGGACUUUAGCUCUUCGUGGGGCGGAGGGAGCAGCGGGGGCUCGCCGUCACUUAUGGGGCCUGAUAUGAAAGCUAUCGGGAAACCGAGCAAUACGUCGGAGUUGGCAGACGCCCUGGAGAAUCCGCUGUUUUGGCCUUUUCCGAUGCAAGGGCGGCCGAUGUUGCCUGUGGGGGAUGAGCUGGAAGAGGCGGGGUUUCAGUUGCUUUGA